AUGUAUUUGCAAUCGACGGAUGUCUUGCGGCACUACUUGCUGGCCUCAGAAUCCGAGCGCAGGGAGAGGGAGCUGCAUCAGCAGCAAAUAAGAGAGGCCGUGUUGCAGCAACGUAAGGAUGUUGCACUGAAGGCGAAACUGCAAGAAGUGCAACAACGCCGCGUGCCUCCGGAAGCCUCCGAGGACGCAGCAGACGCAGAGGAGCAAACUCAGCAGCAACAGGAGCACCAGCAACAGCAGCAGAUUCAGCGGGAGCAAACUCAGCAGCAACAGCAGCAACAGCAGCAACAGCAACAGCAACAGCAGCAACAGCAGCAACAGCAACAACAGCAGCAACAGCAGCAACAGCAAGAGCAGAGGGAAGCAACACCUCAAGUGGACGCAUGGAGGGACCUCUACGGUGGGCCUUUGCACCCUUGGGCUGAUUGUCGCUCGAUUCUCGCAGCUGCAGCCGAUGCAGCAAAGGCUGUGGGGUGGUUGGUGGAGGGGGUUGACGGCUCUGAGGCUCAAGCUGCAGCAGAGGCGGCGGCGGCAGCAGCGGAUGAAGAGGCGGCAAACGAAGCGGCGCUUGAAAGCGCAGUCGCUCUUCACACUGCAUGCGCUUGGGGGGGCCCAUGCGCGCUGCUGCCGCACAAGUUGAGGGGUCCUGAGGAUCCCAGCCUGCGAGGUGCAGCAGCAGUCGCAGCAGCAGUCGCAGCAGGCUGCGUUGGGCAGCCAGCCGAUCGCGGAGGCGCAGCAGCAGCAGCAGUGCGUUUCGAGGGUGCUGUGGGCUUUGCUUGUGUUGCGUCUGUUGAAAGCACGAAGGUCGCGGCUUUUUGGCGUGCUGGUUUUUGCUCCUUGCGCAUGCGUUUUCUCGGAGUCUCACCUUCACGUGCUCCUCCUUAUUGGACUCUUGACUGGGGAGAUCCACAAACUUCUGUUUCGCUAGCUCUGAUUGCUGAGCCCUUGGAACUCUUUCUGCACGCCUGCCGCUUCCGCUUUCGCCUCUGCCCACCGCGCUGGUCGUGCGAGCUAGGCUUUUCUGACGUGGCUUCGAAGAGCUGUGCUGCCAGCUUCGUCGUGAAGGCUGCCGCUGCAGCGUCGCCUGCUGCUGCAGCAACAGCAACUGCAGCCGCAACUGCUGCAGCAACAGCAACGUUUGUCUGGGUUUCUGUAGAGGCUGUUUGCCGGGGCAGACCCCACCCCGCCCCUGCGUUGGCUGCUGCAUCCCCUCCUUCAAUGCGCAAUAGCGCAGCUGACGGUUAG